AUCAACCUGCGCACCUGCGAAUCUCGCUCUCUGAUUUCCAAAUCUUCACGCUCUCUCUGCGAAUUUCACUUUCUGCAAAUCUUCACGCUUUCUGAUUUCCCAACGUUUUCAGCACACACCCACCAUUUUGUUGUAGCUUUAGCUUAAUCGUUCAUCAAUGGCAGGUUCCAAAGAUGCUCACAUCAUCGUUGAAAUCCCAGUGGCCGAAGAGACCCAGAUCCCCGCCGCCGCAAUGCAGCACCACCCGUUGGCGGAGAUUUCCCAAUCCGGCGGCCAUCUCCUGCUUCUGAAGCUCUGGCAGAGGGAGGAGGAGCUCUCCGGCCGACGGAUCGGGUCCAAGGAGGCGAGAACGGACGCCGUGAGGGGAGAAAUAUUCCAGCUUUGUUGCUUCUUCUUCAUCUUCCACGGCUUCUUCCUAACCAUUCUCUUCACCUCCUCUCCGAAUUCGGAUGCCUGCGGGAGAUGGUGGAUUCCUUCGGCUUUGGAAAUGUCCACUUCGAUUGCUCUAAUCUUUCUGGUUCAGAUGAAGCUUUGCAGGUACUGGAAGGUGCAGAGGCAGCUGCAAAGGGAGAAGGCGGAUGGCCGGGCGCUAAGCCGGUGCAUUCAGGAGCUGAGGAUGAAAGGGCGGAGCUUCGAUCUGUCGAAGGACCCCCAUGGCGGGGGGAGGAGGAUGAAGAGUUCGAGCGUGGAGGUUAAGUGGAGGCCUCUCACUUGGUUUUCUCAGAAUCUGCUAACUGUUUGUCUUGUUUGCUUUGCAGCUCUGCUCUUCCCAGCAUCCAAGCUAGUCCUCUGCGUUUAGUUCUCAAGGGAGUCGUUGAUACCUGGCACGGUGUGGUUCGUAACAACAGAGCUGGGAAAUUGAUCGCUUCUGCUUCCCGGUUCCUAAUUCUGAAGUUGCAUGGUGAAGGGCCAAUACUCAAUGGAGAUUCAGAACUGCCAAUACUCAUUGGAGAUCCAGAACCUCCUGCAACGCGAUGAUAGCGCCUCCGGAAGAAUUAGACCCAGCUGUUAUUUCCCGCCGAACAGUUAAGAAGCAGAUGCAAGACAAGUCUUUGCUACAGAAGAGGAGUGAAACUCAAUCCAUUCCUGAAAAGCUAGUGAUUUAAUCCUCCUCCCAUUGCUGCUGGUCUGGAGUUAGGUGAAUAAUUAUAUCAUUCCUGUUCGUUUCUCCUAGCUUACUUAGGGGGGGGAUGAACAGUUGAGCCAUUUGCACAGAGAACAAGUGUCUCAUUCCUUCCAUCUGUUAAUUGUGUGUGCAUAAACUUAGCCAUUUGAUUGGUCUGAAGGGUGUAAUUAAGCCCUGGGACUGAAUUGAAGGCUACAUCUGCCUGUGUUUGUACAUAAUUUUUGCAUUCGAAUACAGAUUCUGCCUCCAA